AUGAGCUCGAGUAAUAGCAGCGGCAGCAACAGCUACAGCUCCAUGGGCGGAUUUGCACAAGUCCUGCUUGGCAGUGCUGAGACCCGCAAUAGCAACAACAACAACAACAACAGCAGCAGCCCGCAACCGACUUCAAGUAUGGUCGUCGCGUCGCCAGCAUCCACACCCACAUCUCCAACAAUACUGCAAGCACCGUCAGCAACAAAGGCGCCUGCCACGUCGGUUGCUGCUGCCUCGGCAAACGGUUCGACAACAACGAGCGCGUCGGCGCCAUUCGCAGCGGCGUUUGCUGCUGCUGCUGCCGCUGCCGCUGCUGCCCAGCGCCCACCAACGCAGCAGCUCGGCCACCCGCUUCAGUCUCAACCGCAGGCGCCCCAGCUACACGCUGACGAAGCGACUGCGGCUGGGUCUGGCUCGUCGUCCGAGCGCACAUCCUUCACCGGCACCAAACCCGCAACACCUCUAGUCGCCUCUUCGCCACCGCAGUCACCGUCGCCGUCGCCGUCGCCGUUCACCGCCGCUCGCUUGGAUGUCGCCGCAGCAGGGACGCCAUCUGUUGUGCUUCCGAGUGGUGCUGGUGGGCCGCGGGCACCCCUUGGCGCAAUGGCGUCGUCCGGUCGCGAUUCUGAUGCUGUGAAUGAUGACGGGCUGCAUCAUCCUGCUACGGCGACGCUGAUCAGCAACCAGCACCGGAUUCUCGGUCGAUCUGCCUCCGCCCGCGUCAUAGGAAGCAGCAUUCACUCGACGACAUCAGCAGCAGCAGCAGCAGCAGCGACAAUGACUCGUCCUGAGGCGGCGCGGCGGCAGCACAGCACAGGCAACAGCGUCGAAGCGCUGAACGACGAGUCGCACUAUGGAGGAUCGAUGCAUUCGUCAGCGCAGGACAGCGCCAACGCGAGUGUCGAGGACAUCAACCAGCUCGCAGGAGCCCCCAUCUAUGCGCAGCAGCACCAGGCGGGUCAGUGGCCGGGCGCUGCUGGCACAGAUACGAGCCAGACCUUCUCCGACACUCCAUUGUCGUUCUCGCCAGGACCGCUCUCGCCCAUCCGCCUCGAUGCGCCCGUGGGCAACUCUUCUUCUUCUGCUGCUGCUGCUGCUGCUGCUUCCUUGUUCUCGAGCAGGCCAGAUGUCGCGUCGCCCAAUGUUGACGCAGCGACCCUCAUCCGCCAAGGCAGCGAUUCCACAAUGCUGCCACCAUCCACCAUUCCGAAACCAGCCAACGAUGGCGAAUUGCCGCCAGCGAAUGCGCACUCCAUUGGACACCGACGUGUCAGUCAGACUACGAUGCUGCACUCUGCUCUGCCGCUAGACUACGCGGCGCAGUGGCGUCUCAUUCAUGUCUGGCAACAACGCUGGAACAUUGACCAAAGACGAGCCAUCAUCAACGAUUUGCUCCUAGCCGCAGGCGGCCAAGAGCUUCCCGUCGAUGCCUUGCCUGUCGUUGAGGGCGACAUGCUCAGUCGUUUGCCUAGCGAGUUGCGACACCUCAUUCUGACUUUCACCGACCAAAAAACGCUGAGAACUGCCGCUCAAGUGUGCAAGGCGUGGCAUGCGUUUGCAAACGAAAAUCUACUCUGGCGAGUCCUGUAUGAGAAGCAAGGAUACAAGAUGUUCACGGGCGUCAAACACUCGGCGUUGCUCACAAGUAACUUUGACUGGAAACGCGAAUACCGCAUCCGAAUGCGCUGUGCGGAAAACUGGAGGGUCGGGCUGUGCGGAAAACUGGAGGGUCGGGCGGGGCAUACUGGCUCGGUACUCAGCGUUCAGUUCUCGCUGCGAAAAGUGAUUAGCGGCUCGAGCGAUCAUACAAUUCGCAUCUGGGAUUUGUUUACCGGCGACUGUCAGCAUGUGUUGGAAGGGCACCGGGCCGCCGUUCUCCAAGUGCGUUUUGAUGACCGUCGGAUUGUCAGUUGCUCCAAGGAUUACACGGUUCGCGUGUGGGACGUCCGUUCCCUGAAGCAGAUUCAUCGCCUGGAAGGCCACCAGGCAGCAGUCAACGGUGUGCAGUUUAACGAUGAGAUUAUUGUCAGCGCCUCGGGAGACCGCACGCUGCGCAUCUGGUCCCUUGAGACGGGCGUGCUCUUGCGCACGCUGACGGGCCAUCUCCGCGGCAUCGUGUGUCUUCACUUGUCUGGCGACACGAUCGUUUCGGGGUCGUCCGAUUUCUCGUACAAGAUUUGGAAUGUCCGGACUGGCGAGUGCCAAAAGACCCUCACUGGUCACACGGACUUUGUGCGCGCCAUCCAGAAGGACGGCACCCGCAUUGUCAGCGGGUCGUACGACCGCAAUGUGCUGGUUUGGAACGCCGACAGUGGCGAGGUGACGUUGCGGCUCACGCCGUGCAAGUUCCCCGUCUUGCGACUGCAGUUUGACGACACCAAGAUCAUCAUUGCUUCGCAAGACAAGGACAUUCGCAUUGUAGAUUUUGUGGAACCUAUUCCUGCCGAGCUCGGUGUGGCCAGUGGCAGUAGCAGCGGCAGCACCAAAUCGCGCAAGUUAAACAAGAGUGCCAGCGUGGGCGGCGUUCAUGGCACGCACUUGCUCAUGUCGAGUUUGAGCAACAGCUCGGCCAGUAACGGCAGUGCGCCAAGUACCCCUUCUCCAUUGGACAGCGGCAUUUCGGCCUUGCUUGGUGCGUCGGGCAUUCGGACCGGGUCAACACCUGCAAAUCUGCAGCAGGUCAUGCAACAAGCUGCACUGCAGCAAGAAGCAGACUCGCCUUCGCCACAAAACACGAGCGGUCUGAGCAGGCACGCCCCGCACCAUCCCCAAAUGCACGGCGCGACCUCGCGUGCUCAUGUGCAGCACCCGGCACAGCCAACCACGGGCUCGCCAGUCGGCGGCGAUGGUGCCUAUGCCGCAUCCUCCACAGGUGCAAGCCAUCGGCUCAGCAAUUCGUUCUCUGCAGUGCGGCCCAUGUCCGAUUCGAGCGGAUCGUCGCGAGCACGUUGA